AGACGUUGGACUACUGCUUUCUACCAAAAAGCUGUUGCUGAAGAAUAUAUUGGUGCUAUUCUUGGUCGUCCUUUACCAGCCUAUCAAAACUAUAAUCCAAAUCUUACACCAGGAGUUGAUACAUUCUUUUCAACUGUUACAUUUCGAUACGGCCAUAGUGAAUUAAGCGAUUUUUACCGAAUUCAAGAUGAAUACGGAGAUACUUCAUAUAAUUUAGGUUUGAACGAUAUUAGUAACCAAACGCUUUUAGAAAACCUUGGUUUAGAAAGAGUACUUUGGUCUAUGGUUCUUCAACGACAGGAAGAAAUUGAUAGUUUUUUAGCAAAUUCAACUAAAAAAGUUAUUAAUUUUGAAGAUACUCUUGAUCUAGCAGCUAUCGAUAUUAUAAGGAGUAGGGAUCGUGGCAUUCCUUUGUAUAAUGAGGCUCGACAAUAUUUUGGAUUUCCUAAAGCUCAAUCAUUUGCUGACAUUUCCACAAACCCUAUUGUUCAACAAAAUUUGGCUAAAAUCUAUCCAGAUGUUGAUGCUGUAGAAGCAUUUGUUGGUGCGUUGAGUGAAAAUCAUUUAAAUGGUUCAAAUUUUGGCAUGGUUUUUAAUGCAAGCAUAGUGACGCAGUAUACAUAUAUUAGGGAUUCUGAUAAGUUUUGGUUCGAAAAGCCUGAUAUGUUUACUUCUGAUGAACGAGCUAUCAUAAGAAAUACGACACUUCGAAAUAUCAUAACUCGUAACAUUAAUAGUAGUGUAAAUUUCCCACAAAAUCUUUGGUCAGUUCAGUCUCAAAAGUCACUUAGCAAUAAUGAUGAUAGUAAUUAUCCAACCAAGAUUAGCACUUGGAGUCAAUAUAUUGUGAGUUGUAGAGUUGAUUUGAAUUAUGUGUACUUCAAAGUUCAGCUUCAAACUUCUGAUGGCAAUGGUUGGUUUGGAAUGGGGUUUGAUCCAGUGGAUGAAGGAAUGAAAGGUGCUGAAUUUAUCAUUGGCAUUGUUUCCAAUGGAAAUGUAACAUUGGAAAAUUAUCAUGCCGAUGUGGGUGGUUACCAUCCUCCCAUUCGUGAUUCCGAUUCCGAUCAAGAUCCUACUAUUGUACCAAAGGUUUCUAUGUCUGAUAACAGUGCUGUGACCGUAGAGUUCAAAAGACUUCUUAAGCCGCCAG